AUGGGUGAUACUCCGGGAGACGAGCAGGUGGACACUGGUGGCGCUGGCGAGGCGGCCUUCGUGGGGGUUGUCCUUGUCGCCCUGUUCUUCGCCUUGUGCCGUGGGUGGUACACCCCUGAAGUGGUGGUGUUUCUGUCCCUGCUGGUGGUGUGGAACGCGGGGAUCGUCUCCACCGCGGAAGCGCUGUCGGGGUUCAACAACCCGGGGGUGCUCGCCAUCGGCGCCCUGUUCGUCGUGGUGGCCUCGAUAGAGAGCUCGAAGGUCGCCGACAAAGCCGCCAAGAACAUCCUGGGCCUGACCACCACCUUCUCGUCCGGAUUCUGCAGGCUGCUGCUGUGCGGCGUUUCCAUGUCGGCGUUCUGCAACAACACGCCCAUCCUCGCGCUGCUGAUCCCGGUGACCGAGGACUGGGCGCGCGCGAGGGGCUUCAGCCCCCCGGUGCUGCUCAUGCCGCUGGCCUUCGCUUGCGCCUUCGGGGGGAUUCUCACCACCGUGGGAGGCGGGACUAACCUGGUGAUACAGGGGCUGCUCUAUGAGGCGUCCAAGGAAGACGAGAGCGUAGGUCCGUUCCGGCUCUUCGAGCCGGGCUUUGUCGGCCUGCCGCUUGCCAUCGCCGGGAUUUUUUAUCUCUUGGUCGCCGCGCCCCGGUUGUUGGCGGCCGCGCCGCCGUCGGCGGAUGGCGGAGGCUUUGUUGCGGUCCCGGCGCAAGACCGUUCGGGAGAUCUGCUGACGGAGGUGGAAAUCAAGGAAGACUUCAAGCUGGUCGACCAGCCGUUCUCGUUGGUGCUGGCCAGCCUCGGGCUACCGAUGGACACCCUCGUGAAGAAGGGCGUGUUCGGCAGCGGUAGUGGCGUUGGAAGCGGUGCCGAGGCGGGCGGCGAGGAGCAACCGGGCUGGGCGGGACGAAUCGCUGCUUCCUCGUCGAGGCACGCGGGUGGCGGCCGCAAGCCGUUCGCCCUUAGGCGGCGAGCGACGGCAUACCAGCCCCUCGAGAACGAGGACGGGGCCGUGCAGACCCAGGGUAGUGAUGCGGGGGCCCCGUGCAUCGAGAUGGCCACGUUGCGGACAGCUGGAGCCGCGGUCGGGGGGCCUGGAACCGCGCCACCGCAAAGCGUUGGAGCUUUCGCCGCCGUUGACGGGGCUACCACUACCCACGAUCUGCACGACGUGGCUCCCGACGCGUGCGUGCGUGCCGGAGACGUGCUCGUGCUCAGCUGCGGACGGAGCGCCAUGGUCGACGCCCAGGGCUCGUGGUUCAGUGCGCGCGAGCCCGGGCUGGGGGUGCUGGGGCUCAGCACGCUGAGGCCGCCUCCGCGGACGGGUUCGGCGUUCUUCGAGCUGGUGCUGUCGCGCACGAGCCGCUUCUUGGGGCGGACCGCGCGGAGCGACGGGGGGUUCUUCUCUGCCCGGUACGGUUGCAGCGUCGUCGCGUUUCGCUUGAAGGGGAGCACGGGGGGAGGGGUCGAUCUCCUGGGGAGGAGCGCAGCCGGAGAAUGCGACCGAGGAGGCAACGGCGGCCGCCACGACGCCGUCGACACCGGUGACAGCGGCGAAACAACCUGCCUCGGCGCCGAACAGCCUGGACAGACUAGCGGCGACGGGCUGUUCGAGACCUCGGGUGCUUGUGGGAGUCCGCAGAGCUUCGCUGGGGCGGAGGCGUUUUUCAUCGGGGGCCCCGGUGAUUCGCCGACGGUUCGCGGCGACAGGAGCAGCCCGGGUUCGACCGCACUGUCGCCGUCCGUCGGAGAUGAGAGCCCGGCGAGACUGUCGGAACCGGAGAUCUCAGGACCGGUGGCAACGCCUUGCCAACAACAGCCUACGAAGGGGGCGGGUCUCGAUGCGAAGAGUCAACGACGGCGGCAGUGGGGGCGGCGAAGAGGGGAGGCGUUCGAAGCGGGGGAUGUGGUAGUCGUUCUUGCCACGGAACAAUUUUCGAGGCGUUUUUCUUCGACGUCGGCGGGUGGGGAGUUCCUGCGGAAUAGGCCGAUCGGUAGGGUGCCGGAGCCGACGGGGUGGUUUCACUACUUCCCCCUUGUGAUUUUCACGCUGAUGCUGUUGUGGGUGCUGCUGGGAGGCGUUGACAUGAUCCGUGCGGUGUUUGCCGCGAGCGCCGUGCUCCUCCUCGGGGGGUGGGUCGACGCCAACCAGGCGGUCGGGCACGUCAACUGGGGCCUUCUCCUGCUCAUCGGGUCUGCGCUGGGGUUCAGCAAGGCCAUCGCCAAUAGCGGCCUCGCGGCCAUGGCCGGGAAGGCUGUGCGGGAGUCCGGGAUGAGUCCCCCGGCGAGCUUGUACGCGCUGUUCUUGCUCACCAUGCUCUGCACGGAGCUGAUCUCAAACAACUCCGCGGCGGCUCUGAACAUCCCGAUCGCGCUGAGCAUGGCGCGAGAGCUGGAGGCAGACUACAAGCCGUUCGCCAUGACGGUCCUCGUCGCCGCGUCGUGCUCCUUCCUCACGCCCAUCGGUACGCCGACAAACACGCUUGUGUGGCAGCCAGGGGGUUACAAGUUCCAGGACUACGCCAAGCUCGGCGCGCCUCUGACCCUGCUCUUUUGGGCCUCGGCCUGCACGGUCAUCCCGUGGUUAUUUCCGUUUUGACCAUUUUUACCAUGGUAUUUUUUUUGUUGUUUUUGACUUUCCAUGCCCCGGAGGAACUACCACCGAGAGGCGCAAUGGUAAAUCGAUUCACCCAGCCCUGCUUGUAAUGAAAUGCUGGGUGACCUUGUUAAAUUGGUGUAAGCACCGAUAAAGGAAAGGAAAGCGUCGUAUGUGUGACCCCCUGCUGAUGCGUCCGGAAAAUGCGCCGAAAGGCGUGUAGACUGACGCCCAGAAUAAAUGGAACCACGCUCACUUGUUUGUGAGCAAAAGGUCCCGUAAUGAGGGGGGUGCGUUGUGAGAGAAGGCUUGUUGUUGAUUGUGCACCAGCAGAAGGCUGGUCUUGUCUCUUGGUGUGGGUGGCGAGGAAGUCCAAGGAGCGUGGCCGAGACCAGUCGAGCAAGCACCAAAGGGAGGAGGGAGGUGAGCCUUUGUGGGCAACUUUUCGCAUUUUCCAAGGUCCACUCGAUUGGUCGCAGCAUUCGGCGUGCGUUGUUCUUACGAGGAGAUCCUUGGGCCGUCGGCAAUAUUCCGACAAGAGGUCUACAGAUAGGAAUGCUGCUGUCAUUGCCACUAGGAAUGUUAAGCGCAUGGCCUCCAGGCGCUGCGCUUGUGUUGAAAGCUCCUAUACCGGAAGCAUGGAUACGUUGUUGUUGCUCGUGUUAGGCCUUGUGAGUGUGUUGUGCUACGGAUAGUAGUGGUGUGGGCCAGCAGCUAUGUGUGUGUGUGUAAAUAUGCUGCUAUCGCUUGGCUUGGGCAUGCCCGCGCCGAACAAGGGGAGUCGUCAUCAUUUCGUGUUCGUUUUUUUUUUAUGUGUGUCGUGUGCGUUGUGGGCUUAGUGGGUGUUCUGGAACGUGCAGUUUGCUUUACCGUCUGAUGAAAGUUUCUCGUGCAGUCGACAAAUGCUGUGAGCGCUGAUGUGAAGGGAAGAAAAAGA